UGUGGGCGGGGCCUGUGCGGGACUCGGCUGUGCUCGGGGUGCACGCUGUCACCAGCUUCCAAUCUCGCCGGAGCGCAGCCCCUUGACUGGCACCCUUCGUUGCUUCCCUGGGAGGCUGCCAGCCCGAGCACCCCGUUUCCUCUGUCCGUGUGCCCUCCUUUCUUCAGGCUGGACUCCCUCACGCAGUCAGUCAUGCUGCUGCUGGCCGCCGCCUUCUUAGUGGCGUUUGUACUGCUGCUGUACAUGGUGUCUCCGCUCAUCAGUCCCAAACCCCUGAAGCUGGCAGGUGCCCAUGUUGUGGUGACCGGUGGGUCCAGUGGUAUUGGCAAAUGUGUUGCAAUUGAAUGUUUCAAGCAAGGUGCUUUUAUUACUUUGGUUGCUCGUGAUGAGAGCAAACUAGUUCAGGCCAAAAAAGAAAUUGAAAAGCAUGCCAUAAAUGAUAAACAGGUAGUGUUGUGUAUAUCUGUUGAUGUGUCUAAAGAUUACAGACAAGUAGAAAACGUCAUAAAACAGGCUCAGGAAAAGCUUGGUCCAGUGGAUAUGUUGGUGAACUGUGCUGGAACAUCAAUAGCUGGCAAAUUUGAGGAAAUCGACAUUGAUCGUUUUUCAAGAAUGAUGGAAGUGAAUUAUUUGGGCAGUGUGUACCCCAGUCGUGCAGUGAUCUCUACUAUGAAGGAGAGGAGGAUGGGAAGAAUUGUAUUUGUUUCAUCACAGGCCGGACAGCUGGGGUUAUUUGGUUACACCGCUUACUCUCCAACAAAGUUUGCACUCCGAGGCCUCGCAGAAGCACUACAAAUGGAGGUGAAACCGUACAAUGUUUAUGUGACUGUUGCUUAUCCUCCAGAUACUGAUACACCUGGGUUUGCAGAGGAAAAUAAGUCUAAGCCAUUGGAAACUAAGCUCAUUUCUGAGACUUCAAGCCUUUGCCAACCAGACCAAGUGGCCAAAGUGAUCGUUAAAGAUGCUGUACAGGGUAAUUUCAACAGUUCUGUUGGUUCAGAUGGGUACAUGCUGGCAUCGCUAACGUGUGGUAUGUCACCUGUCACCACUAUAACCGAAGGCCUGCAGCAGGUUGUCACAAUGGGACUUUUUCGAACAAUUGCGUUGUUUUACCUUGGAAGUUUUGACAGUAUUGUCCGUCGCUGCAUGAUACAAAGGGAGCACUGUGAGAAAGAAGCGAAAACGGACUGAAUUUUAACUGCCAAGAACUUAAUUCAUAUGCUUGCUGCUAGAGAGCACACAACCCUCCCGUUCACGUUGUCUACUUUACCCAACAUGGCACUUAUAUGUGUAAAGAUCAUGAAAGUGCAUUUUCGAUAACUGUUUGCUGGCAACCAGCAUGAUACUAUGCAAACUGUCUUGAAAGGCCUAUACUUUUUUUUUUUUUUUCAAGGGACUUUUGUUUCAGAAGAAUAACAAGUGACCAGGAGGUUGUGCAUACUGCGCUACUUCACUCACCAUGUUUGCCCCAACUGCCUACCCUUCUGUUCUUUUGAUAUGCUAUUUUGUAUGUCCAAUAAGUUGUCCUGACCUGAUCCAGGACCCAUGUUUGUGUCUUGUAGACCAGUGACAGAGUUUAGUCAAGUUGCUGGUGUGCAAAGUAAGAAAGUUAUGGUCUGUCCACCCUCUCGUGCCUGAAAAAGAUGUCUCUGGAAACCAGUUUUCCAGAACCCAGUGUCUGUGCUGUGACAGUCUGUUGUUUGUCAAGGGUAUGGUCUUCUUCACCUGGUAACUUGGGAGGUAGUCUAACUCUGAAAAAAAACAAUGGCCACUAUAUCGCGUGCAUGCAUAAAAAGAUGAUGCUACAGAUGCUUGUUUUGUAUGAUUUCAGAAGAACUUGCGGUAUGUAUUUCAAUCUGCCGUAAGUUUGAGUAUUUUAGAAAUAACUUUCCCUAUUCCAGACGUUGACACGCUGUUUUCUGUGCAAUAGUAUUUAGCUCUUAGUUUGCUUCUACCUCUGUGCACCCUCAGAAUACCAAAGAUGCAAUGAAAGAAGAAGCACGAAGGGUAGGACCACAGAGAAGCCGGGCAUCCUAUGCCAAAUGGGUGCUCACCUUGGUAAGUUGUGCAAGAGGCACAACAAUCUAGAAGGCCUUCAGAAGUGUCCACUACAGGCUCCUGUACGUGCAAGCUCCCUUCCCAGAGUUGAGGCCGAUCAUGGAAGUGCGGUGGCGCUGCUCAUUUUAGUGGCACAAAAGUUGUAUUAAUUUGGUUUAUUGAAAUAAGAACCGCACGUUUUGGGGCAAAAUGGGCCCCUUUGGCAGGUUCAAUUCAAUUGAAUUGAACCUGACGAAGGGGCCAAUCUGGCCCUGAAAUGCAUUGUUCUCAUUUUAGUAAAUCUGAUAAACUUUUUGUGCCACUGAUAUGAGCGGUGCCGCCGCACUUCCAUCAUCCUGCUACAGAUUACCAAAGAGGUACCGCAGGACUGUCUGUGUUCUUGAUUGGCAGAUGAGUCUGUUAAACCAAGAAGUCAGAAGAGACUGGUAGUAGAGCUGACUUUUUCCUUUUUUUGAAGUACAUAUUGGAUACUAUAGCACCACAAAUGAAUAGAGUUUGGUGAUUUUCCUUUACUUACAACUUAUCUAUAGAGUAAUAAAACUGUGCAGAUGCCUUUUUUAAUAUAUUAUAAUUUUUACUUUACAGGCUUUUCUUUUAAUUUGCCACCUCUGUACAGUGCUAUCUCUGGAGAAAUCCAUACUUUCCUCCCACUGCCUUCCAGCUCCGUGUCUCCCGGGCUGUGUUCACCGGACUUUCAGACAGACUGGGUCACACGUGCCAUUGUAGCUAGUGACUGGUCUCAGCUGUGACGUGUAUCCAAGAAGCAUGUGACUCGGCAGUAAUGUGCGCUUAGGUAGACCUCACUACUAAGGCCAGUCAUUGACUGCACACGUGACCCGGUCUGUGCGGAAGCUGACAAGACGAGGAUUAAAAGUCCAGUAAAAAGACCCUGGAAGCCACAGAGCGGUGGGGAGCAGACUAGUAUGGGUUUCUCUGCAGGUACUGCUGUCUAGGUGGAAAAUGUAUAUAUUAAAAUGGAAAAAAAACACUGAAGAUUACUUGUGUAAUGCUUAAAAUGCUGAUUCUUUGUGAUUGUGAAUGUAACAUAGUAUCUGUGUCUGCACAGCAAGAAUUAUUAGCACUAUUCAGGGACAUUUCCUAUUGUAUUAAACGUGAAGGUAUCUGGGAAUAUCCAGAGCAAGUACAGUGUGUCGACAUGUCACCAUUUUAUCCCUCAAUGCCAUUGUUUCUGGUAGCUAUGAUGACCUAGCUUACAAGGAAUUUCACAUUCAGCUCAAUAUACAUAGAGCAUUUAUCGUAGAAUCUGUGCUGAAACACUGCAAAAGAGUAGAGUACAAUGCAAGUGAAUGAGAUUUCAAGAAAUCCCAUUCAUAAAUGGUGUAGAUAAUCUGCAUUGUAUACUAGGCAUGGAGUGGAUUUA